AUGGCUUUUCUGCCAUGCUUGAAGAAAAAUAAGUCACCAGGGCCUUUAGGCACAAGUAUAUUUCAAAAACACAGCCCAGCCAUCUGGCAGAACUACCAGGCUUUGCUGGAGACAUGCGUGGAGAACCUGUUCACAGAUUACAACUUUCCUGCUCACAUCAGCUCUGUUGGAACUGGAACACUGCUAAAAAAACUACCUCAAAAUUUACAGUGGAAUAGGCCACCUAAGUCCACUGCAAACAGAAAGCAACUUGGUCUCUGCCAAGGCUUGGUGGAGGACUGCUGGUUCCUGGCAGCCCUUGAAGCCCUGACGUUCCAUCAGGACAUCUUGGCUGCAGUUGUGCCUCAAAACCAGAGCUUUGAGAGGAAAUAUGCUGGCAUUUUCCACUUCUGGUUCUGGCACUUCAGUGAAUGGCUUGAGGUGGUGGUUGGUGAUAGUCCUGGUGGAAUGGUCUUUGUUUCUUCAGUCUGUAAGAAUGUGUUUUGGGGAGCCCUUCUGGAGAAGGCAUAUAACAGAAAGAGUGGAGAAAGUUGCACUCCAGUAGUGAAGAAAUUCAGAUUGGAGAGUAAACUCUCAAGGCACAAUAUGCCUCUGAAGACACUACUCUGUGGCUCCUAUGAAGAUCUUCAGAUUGGGCAAGUUUCAGAAGCCUUGGUGGAUUUUACAGGUUAUGUUAAUAUAAGGAUCAAGCUUGCAGCAGCUCCUCCUGAUCUAUGGGAUGUCCUGACAAGAGCAACCUACAUCAGAUCUCUCAUGGACUGUCAGACACAUUUAAGGAAAACAAAGGUCCUGAAGAAUGGGUUUGUUGCUGGCCAUGCCUACACAGUAACUGGUAUUAGAAAGGUGACCUGUCAAGAUGGACCAGAAAACUUAGUGAGACUGAGAAAUCCAUGGGGAAAAUUUGAAUAGAAAGGAGACUGGAGUGACAGCUCUUACAAGUGGGAGCUGUUGAGCCCGAAGGAGAUUUUGCCGAGGAAAAAGAAGGAGGAUGGAGAAUUCUUAUUUUUUCCCACUAUGUCUCUGCGAGAUUUCAAGAUUCAUUUUGUAGAUCUGAUGAUCUGUGAAUUAACUCCAGAUCUGAUGAGCCAGGAACAUGGAAAGAUGUGGAUGUACUCCCUUGAAGAGGGGAGAUGGGUUAAAGGAAGCACAGCAGGAGGAAAAUUGGUGCAGAUCACAUUACUCUUCUGUUUCUUCCCUCAACAGUACCAGGAAAGCAACAGAAAGCUGCCUCCAGUUUUCUUCACCUGGGAUCAGCCUGGGAACAAGCACCAGGUUUUUCUUGAUGAGCGGGAAGACUCUGAAUUCAUCCUGAGGAUCUUAUCCAGGAAGCAUCAUUUCCAUGAGGUGAGGAGCUACGUAAACAGUGGGCUGGAGCUCAUAUUGGAUUUUCUGAGACUAGUAGAAUCCAUCCUGUUGCCUCAGAUUUUUAUCGUCAUAAAUGAUAUGUCUUCUCAAGUGGGUCUGAAGUUUCACAAAGGCUUUGGCCUUGAGCCUUCUCAAAAAUUUCACUUAAGUUUCACUCUGGAUGCCUGCCAGGGUAUCUUAGCACUUCUGGAUCUGAAUGCCUCUGGAACACUGAGUAUCCAGGAAUUCAGAGUCCUGUGGAAAAGGUUGCUUUUCUAUUUGGGCUCGGACACAGAUUGGGACGACCUUUGGGAUCAGUUUGAAGAGCGGAGGUACCUGAGUGUCCGGAGGUGGAAGGGAGGAGAGGACCCAUACCGGCUCCAUGCCUUUAACCAGCGGGAGAGCGAGAGGAUCCCCAGUGACCGUGCCGUCCGUGACACACGCCAUCACAGGUUCUACCUCCCCCCUGGUUUCUCCUGA